GUGAAAUAUGGGGUGCGAAACUUCAGUAUUAUGCACGUUGCUGAUUUUCUUCCAAAUUAUUGGUCGGUCAUUUGAAAUGAGCCACGAUUUUGUGCCCAUUAAAGAUGAUUUACUAAGUAAGUGCGAGGAUAAGCCAGAAAUGGGCUAUUUGGAUGCAUUCGUGGAUUUAUCCAACUUCAGUCGCAAACGAGGUCCUGGUGGAGUUAAUAUAUCAGGAAACAUAACAACAAUAUGGGAUGUGGAUCCAUCGGAUGUCGUCGAGAUUGAUGUUAGCAUACUGAAGUUUGAAGGAGAUAAGUGGAUACCAACAAUAAUUAAAGGGAAUGUUAAGGACUUUUGCAAGUCCUUUUACGACAAGAACACUCUUUAUUACUCCUAUUCGACAAAACACGUGGUUAACAAGAAGGAAGCGAAGGAAAAAUGCAUUACCACUCCAGGAGCAAUUUUGCUGUGGGAGCCCUAUCUCCUGAAAAUAUCAUUCAGCUAUGCAGUUCCCCUGAAUGUGGGGCGGCACAAGGCCGUUCUUAUAUUUACUGCCAUUGACAAAGCCGGAGUUAAGCGUGAUAGGGACAUUUGCAUGGAAAUCGUCGGUGACAUUGUAAAUGCCUAAUCGUCAUGGACCUAUUUCUCUGAAUUCGUUUAAACCUAAUAAUGAUUAUGAUUUUAUUGUUUCUCAACAAAGGUUUUGGUGGAGGGUUAAUUUUUCUGCAACAACAAAUUACUUUUGUUAAUUUAUUAAUAAACAAAAAAU